GUUAGGGUUUUCCAUAUAACCCCAAAACCCCAAAAAAACAUUUCAUUUUCCCUUUUGUCUGUUUCUCGCGUCACCAAUUAUGGCAACCAAAUCCGCAUCAUCGACAACGGCGCAGAAGAAGACGGAGUUGCGGAAGCCGGUAUUCGUGAAAGUCGAGAGCUUGAAGCCGGGUACGAAUGGGCACACGCUGACAGUGAAAGUAGUGACUGCCGAGACCGUUCUCAACAAGAAGCCACGCAAUCCGACAUUUCGCGGAGCUCAAAAUCAGAACACGAAAAUCGCCGAGUGUCUGGUUGGCGAUGACACCGGAACGAUCCUCUUCACCGCCCGCAACGACCAGGUUGAGAUGAUGAAGCCAGGUAGCACAGUGGUACUCCGAAAUGCAAAAAUCGACAUGUUCAAGGGAUCAAUGAGGCUGGCUGUGGACAAGUGGGGCCGCAUUGAGGUAGCUGAACCAGAAAAGUUUGUGGUCAAAGAGGACAACAACUUGUCGCUUGUGGAGUAUGAGUUGGUUAAUGUUGUUGAAGAGUCUUGAGCAUGUUGGGGUUCAGUUUAGCUUAUGGCUGAUUUAUCUGAUUAGCUUGUCUUUUGUUUCUCCCAUUAAGGUAAUUAUCUCGUAGGGACUGAGUUAGCUUGGUUUUAAUUGUUGAUGUGUAAAAAGAUCAGCCUUGGUUUAUAUCACAUCUCUAUUAGAUUUUUGUCUA